AUGACUCGAGUCUUCAUCUCAUGUCGGUGCGCAUCAUGUUAAUAAUAUUUCUCGUUCAUUUCUUUGAACAUACUAGUGCAUAUUUAGCAAUUUACCAAGAGGACUUCGUUUGAAGUCCUUAAAUAACCUUAUCUUAAGGUCCUAUGUCAGUGGACUUCUAACCUCCGUUCCUGCUUUCAUGAACUGGCUUCUUCGUGGAUCCGAGAUUACUGUGUGUUUAACACCCCAAACAAACAUGUUGCCGAGUUACACAGAAGGAAGAGCACUGGCACUGCGCUUGCAAGAGACGCAUGGCAAAGUGAAAGAGCUCUAUGGGCGGUGUGUGUGUGUGUGUGUGUGUGUUUUCACUAGCAGAUUCACCAGUGCGCGCACAUAGGACGAGAGGAAGAAGCCUGCAUUGUGCGCUCAUGGAUUAAUAUCCAGCUGGAGCAAUCAAUAGGAUUCUAUAUACCUCCAUGAUAUACUUCGAGGACUUUUACAUAACAAGAACAUGUGAACUUAACGCAGUUGUCGUGGUUGGCCAACCAACAAUCUCGCUUUCGAUGAUUUUAAUGACCCUCUUCCUUGCCUUCAUCGUAGGAUUGUGGAAUAAGCCAACCAAGCUAAAAUCAAUGAGAACUGGAAGAUGUGCUUGUAACCCUUGGUGCUUCGAGAAUCACAUGGAAUGCCCUUUGAACUCAGAGGUUUGGAAUUCUAUCUUAAUUCUGAGCUGUCUAAGUGCUCUGUUGCCCGUGGCUGAAGGUCAUAAAACACAGGCACUGCAAGACAUCCAGGACGCACUCCAAGACAGCAAGACCAAGCUUUUAUUCCAACAUUCUAAUGCGAGUUUGUAUACACCAAACACUGAUGAUAUCCAGAAUUGCACAUUUAAGUUUUUUGACUGUUUUCUGAUGGAGAUGAACGUUCUCUUGCAUGACGAAGACCCAACAAAUGAAAACAAGCACAAGCCCGUGAUAGAGAAAUCUUUAGAAGUAUAUAACAAAAAUAAGUGUUCAGAGCGACAUCCUUGUGAACUACAAGAACUUGCCCCCUCCAAGAAGUUCUUGGAGAAGAUGACAGAGUUCCUUGAGAAACAGCAAACUCUUUGCAGACAAACUUCUACUAUAACAUGCGACUAAAAUCAUUCUUUAUUUCCCUGAAAGCAUGUACAAUAAGCUCAUUUAUCUGUUGUCAUUUUAAAUUAUGCUAGUCUUUUAUUUUUGUUAUUAAUAUUUAUAUCACCUCAGUCUGAAAGUGUCACUUUAUUAAUGCUGUAAGAAUGAUAUAUUUUUGUAACAAAGGGGUUUUGUGAAUGAUUGUUGAACUGUGAACGUCUUGUAAGUGUACAGAAUUUGAAGGUGAAAAAUUGUUUAAUGUAAAACAGGUUUUAUA